ACAAUUUGAUAUUAGCAUUUAGUUACACUCUGCACUCGAUUCCUAACCAAUCACGCUAUCCCCGUGGACACGACAACCUUACUUCCACCACUUUACUCAUUCCAUUUACUUUUCCACAUUUCAUUCUACACUCCAUUUCAUUCACACUUCACAUCAUCUCUUUUUGAUCGAGAGUUUUCGGUAUUAAACGACGUAUCGAAAAAUCUCUCGCAUCAAGUAAUCGUUUCGGGUUUGGGUUUAGAGCUUCAAACUCAGCGACAAGUUUGUAAUGAGUACGAGAAGAGGGACUAAGCUUAAUUGAAGAGAGAGAGAUGAAUACUGUGGAUAUACAAUUUUGUCCAUGUGUUUUAGCGGAAGUGUUGUCAAAAGACUAUUUAUGGAAAACAAUACAAUAAAUGGGGAUUAAAUUAUUGAUAUUUGAUAUGUAGGGACUAAAUAUGUAAAACGACCUAUAACCAGGGACGUUUUAUGAAAUUUACUCUACUUCUUUCGUCUCAAGAUAGAAAUCACUUUACAAACAAUAAAAAACUCAGUACUUUUAAAUUAGUAUAGAAAUAAAAAAUAUAAAGUGCACUGUUUAAAAAAUAUAUAAAAAAUCUACAAAUAAAAAGAAAAAAAUGAUUGAGAAAGAAGAUUUUUAUUUUUUGAAAUGAUCCCAAAGCAUACAAACAAAACAAAUUAGGAGUAGUUAAACGGCAUCGGGAAGAAAGGAGUAUUUCAAAUAUCUUCCUACACUUCCUUAGAGAAUCUUUCUUCAAAUUCCAUCCCCAAUCCAUAUUGAAAGCCCAAAGCUCUGAUCCAGGUGAGGGCAAAGAACGGAACACGGACGGUCGAAGACUUUCUAACUGCGAUGAGGCUGCAAAUCUCCGGCUGGAUGCGAUGAAGUGAGUAGGCGCGAUUUAGAUUUUAGAAUUGAAAACAGGUUUUAGAGAAGAUAUCUGCCUGUUUGUUAGCUAGGCGAAAAGAAGAGGUUCUGAUGAAGGAGAAAGGGUAGGAUUGGAAGGAGAUUGAUCAGAAGCUUGAGUCCCUGAAGAUGAAGGAUGAAGGGAAGACACUUUUUCAGAGACCCGAAAGAGGUGGAGGCUGUUUGAAGAGAAUGAUUCCAGAUUUGAUCAAGUAAUAUGACACAGAUGGAGAGCACCAUGAGCGAAAACUCUUCUCCUAGAAAACCUCGAUGGAGAAAAGUUGCUUAUGGAGGGAUGCAACCCGGUUUUGAUGACAACCACACAGAUGAGUCUUUCCUAGAAGAUAUGAUUAUGAAUGCCAACGUUGUCAAAAGGGACUUGCUAAAGGUGAUUCUGGAUUCAAUUUCCAUUUCCCAGUACAUUUGCACUGUCUGUCUCGUGGUUUUGGUUUGGACGUACACCCUCAGAUCUUCCUUGAAUGAAUAUUCGCUCUUAGUUUUGAAUGUUAGCCUUCUCGGGCUGGGUUUCCUCAUUCUUCUCUUAACUGCAAACCUGCUCUCCUUCAACAUUCUUCUCAGUUACGUCCUCAAGAUCUUGUUUUUCAUGACUGGGCUGUAUAUGUUGUCUCCCAUCUACCAUAGACUCACCCUGUCCAUAACCUCGGACUCCAUAUGGGCACUAACAACUUGUCUCCUCAUCAUAAACCUCUUCACCCAUAACUACUCGGGAUCCACAGUAAAAGCUCCGGGAUCUCAAAGAAACCCAACUCUUGUAAGCAACAUAUCUUUGAAUGCUUCUGUAGUGGCUUCGCUUCUAAUUGCCUCUCGCCUUCCGUCAAGACUUCAUGUGUUUGCCGUUGUGCUCUUCUCCCUGCAAGUUUUUCUCUUCGCCCCUUUGGUCAUCUUCUGCGUGAAGAGGUACUCGUUCAGGUUGCACCUGUGCUUUUCCUUUGUGUUAAUGGUCUUGACGCUGGCUCUCGUCUACAGGAGUACAAGUUUGAGAUCAACGGUCCCUGGGACGAGGCCAAGCUCUGUUUCGCCAUUACAGAAUGAAUGCCAAAGCCUAUAUAGAAUGUUGUAAUGUUGAUGUUAUCAAUAGUCUUUGGAGUAAAAUGUAAAUCUGGUCUGCUAAAAAAUGGCUUCUUAAAGGGUUUUUUUUUUGGGGAUAUUCUGUGUUAUUUGCUCACCAAGUUACUAUAAAUUUUACCAAGUUUA